AUGUUUGAAGAUAUGGAGGUUUUCAGAGAAAAAUUAAUUAAUUUAAAGAAUUUUUCAGAGUGUAAUAAUGAUAUAACAAGAUCACCGGAUUCAUCGGGUGACGAGAACGUUCCAUCUACUUUAUUCAAUUUCCAAAGAGUCAAUACAUUCGAUCAAUUCAUUCCAUCUUCAUCCAAUACACAAUCCAAUUUAAUACCAAACAUCCCUUUUUCUCAGUUUCAAUCAUACUCUCUGAGCAACCAUAGCAGUAGUUGUAACACACCUAGUGGAAGCAGUGCAAGCAGCAGUAGAGACAACUCACCAAGAAAACACUAUCUUCCACCAAGCAAAAGCAGUAAAGUCAAUGAUAUCAUUAAAGUUUUCAAUGAAGAUGAUUGUAAUCCAUCUUCUCCCAAUUCAUCUUCAGAAUGUGAUUUGAAAACACCAUCUUCACCAAUUACAUCACCACUUCCAUCACCAAAUACAUUCGAUGUUCCAUGUCAGCCAUUUUUAUUGUUGGAACAACAUCAGAAGCUGAUGAAAGAUCCAACACUGAAAAAGUCAGAGAAUAUCCCAGUGAAGGAGAUCAAACCGAUGAAGAAGAGAACCAAGAAUCAAAUGGUGCCAAGAGUCAAUCGUUGUGUAUGUGGUUCGACAACACCUGGAAAGGGACCGACAUGCAAGUGGCGAAAAGGUCCAAGUGGCGAGGUUCUCUGCAAUAGUUGUGGUCUUCAGAACAUGAAGAAACCAAAGUGUCCAUUGUGUGGCAAGAUGUACAACAAGAACAAAGAUUCAUCGACGGAGUGUGAUAGCGAUGAGUGGAUUCGUUGUGACGAUUGCAGUCAAUGGGUGAUGACCGAGUGCGAUGGAAUCAAAGACAUCUCUUUGUAUGACGACACUCAACCAAAUCCAUUACACUACAGUUGUCCAAAGUGUCGUAAUCGUCGCAACAAAGAAUUAAAGAAACAACAGAAAUCAACUGCAAAUCCAGCUCCACAACAACAACAACAACAAGUCCAAAUACAACAAUCUCAUCAAACAACACAACAAAAUCAGCAACAACAACAACAUUUGUAUAUAAGUAGAUCAUAUAAACAACAACAACCACAUCAUAGUCAUCAAACACAACAACAACAACAACAACAUAUUCAAUAUUUAACAUCUUCACCAAUUUUAGAUUCACAAAACAAUAGCAGCAAUAACAAUAAUAUUAGAUUAGAAAUAGUAGUAGAUAAUAACAGUAGUCAAUUUUUAAAUAAUGAAUGUUUUAAUAGUAAUAAUUUAAACAAAUGUGUAAAUAGUGAAGAUAGUGAUAACGAGAGAGAAAUAAGAGAAUAUAGAGAAAGACAACAACGAAUCUGUUUUGUUGGAAAACAAAAACAAAAACAACAACAACCAUCAUUCUUUUUACACAAUUACACAGAUGACGUUUCCACUUUUGGACAGUCCAACAAGAAGCAAAAGCAUUUGGUUGAGCGUUAA